UACAAAAAAUUUAUGUCUUUAAAUAUAUAUAUAUAUAUAUUUUUUUUAACCACAUUUUAUUCGAAAUACGAGAAACGAAAAUGGAUUGGGGAUGGGCUGUGUUGGGCCUUUUCUUAAGUCAGAUUGGGCCGUUUUUAAUUUAAUAUCUUGGGCUUGUGUUUUCUUUUAAGAGUGGCUAAAACACUCCAGCUGUGGAAACACUCCAACACGGUCAGAGCAAUGGCGUCGCAAUCCAACGAUCCGCGGCUACCAUCGGCAGCGCGGCCGUACAAGGCACCGGUCGUCGUCCCGCAAGAUCUUCCCGUCGACUACUCCGGCUUUAUCGCCGUUGUGUUCGGCGUCUUUGGAGCCAUGUUCCGGUACAAGCUUUGUUCGUGGCUCGCGAUCAUAUUUUGCGCUCAGUCGCUAGCUAAUAUGAGGAAUAUCGAGAACGAUCUCAAGCAGAUCUCCAUGGCUAUGAUGUUUGGUAUCAUGGGGUUGGUGACAAAUUACUUGGGGGUGGGGCCUCGUCCGAGCCCCAAAAGUUCGUAGUAUCUUGGGUGCUGAAAGCCUUAUUUGGCUGUUCCUUCCAAAUGGUGGUUGUUUAGCACAUUCCAUCUGCUUGACUACUAUCGCCUCUUUUAGUUUUGUUACAUGUUGAGUAGAUAGUUGGAUUAUAUGUUGAGCAUUACUGUGGAAAAUUGAUGACUCCAAACAAUAUUUUCAUGAAUGAUAGUCAUGAAACUCAAUUUUAAAUACCAUGAUUUUUCCA